AUGUGGUCUCAGGUUCAGAUUCCCAAGACCAUGAAGGCGAUCCAGGCGAGUCUCAAGACGGGUGGUUUGGACGUGCUUGAGCUCAACGAGAUCCCCGUGCCAAGUCCGAAAGCAAACGAGGUGUUGAUCAAGGUGCAAUGGACGGGAACCAACUACAUUGACACCUACAUCCGCUCAGGCCUCUACCCUCGCCCUAUGCCAUUCACUCUCGGUGGUGGACUGGUCGGCACGAUCGCGUCUCUCCCUUCUUCCCCUCCUUUAUCUACCGGCUCUCUACCCGCACUCGAGCUCGGCCAGACAGUCCUUUCCAACGCGGCCGGCGCCUUCGCCGAGUAUGCUGUCGCGCCGGCUCAUCAGGUUGCAGCGCUACCGAAGGACGUGGAUCCCAAAGAUGGCGUACACAUGACCAUCCCGGCGUUCACGGCGAUGUACCUCGUCAAGGAGAGCUAUGAGGUGACGAAGGGGGACUGGAUCCUUGUUCGAGCCGCAGCAGGCGGUGUGGGACUCUUGCUCUGUCAACUUGUCAAGCACUACGGCGGCAACGUCAUCGGCACCGUCUCGACCGAAGCCAAAGCCUCUGAAGCCAAAGCAGCCGGCGCCGACCACGUCCUUCUCACCACCUCUUCCUCCUCCGACAACGUCGCCGAGAUCCUCAGGAUCACAGGUGGAAAGGGCGUGCAAGCGGUCUACGACGGCGUCGGCAAAGACACCUGGGAGGAGAACUUUGAAGUCAUUCGCAAGAAGGGGUCUAUCGUGACGUAUGGGAAUGCGAGCGGGGCGGUCCCGGCUUUCGAGCCGCUUAAGCUCAUGGCGAAGUGCGUCAAGGUGUCGAGGCCGACGUUGAAUGUCUUUAUUGAGGAGCCGGAGGACUUUGCGAGGUAUGCGGGGUUGAUUUUUGAUGCGGUCAAAGCCGGGGGUUUGAAGUUCUCGAUUCAUAAAGUUUAUCCCUUCACCGCGGAAGGUGUCGCGCAGAGUCAAACGGAUAUCACGUCGAGGGGGACGACGGGCAAGCUGCUCAUCAAGGUGGCAGAGUAG